GAGGAGGAUAUGGGCAGUGGAGCCAGUUCAGAGAGCAAGGACUCAGCCAGGAGAUCCAGAGAACUGGAAAAGAAACUCCAGGAAGAUGCAGAGAGGGAAGCCAGGACAGUCAAACUACUACUGUUGGGUGCUGGAGAGUCAGGAAAGAGCACUAUUGUAAAGCAAAUGAAAAUCAUCCAUAAAGAUGGCUUCACCUACGAGGAACGCAUGGAGUUCAGACACAUCAUUUACAGUAACACAGUGCAGUCUAUCCUGGCCAUUGUGAAAGCAAUGACUAAGUUAGGAAUCAGUUAUGAAAACCCUGAUAGAAUUGAAGACGAAAAGAAGCUGUGUGCCAUGGCAACAGCUCUGGAGGAUGGCAGCAUGUCUUCUGAGCUGGUGGAGCUCAUCAAGCAGCUGUGGCGCGACGGCGGCACCCAGGCCUGCUUCGUGAGGGCGGCGGAGUACCAGCUCAGCGACUCCGCGGCAUAUUACCUCAAUGAUUUGGACAGGUUGGCAAUGCCAGACUAUGUCCCUACUGAACAAGAUGUCCUGCACUCCCGAGUGCAGACAACUGGGAUUAUAGAGACUCAGUUUUCUUUCAAGGAUUUAAAUUUCAGGAUGUUUGAUGUGGGUGGACAACGAUCGGAAAGAAAAAAGUGGAUUCACUGCUUUGAAGGAGUUACUUGCAUCAUAUUCUGUGCUGCACUCAGUGCCUAUGACAUGGUUCUGGUGGAAGAUAAAGAAGUGAACAGAAUGCAUGAAAGCCUUCAUCUGUUCAACAGUAUCUGCAACCAUAAGUGCUUUGCAGCCACUUCCAUUGUGCUGUUCCUAAACAAAAAAGACCUCUUUCAAGAGAAAAUAACAAAAGUUCACCUGAAUAUCUGCUUUCCUGAGUAUAAUGGACAAAAUACAUUUGAAGAUGCUGCAAACUACAUCAAGAAACAAUUUCUAGACUUGAACAUAAGGAAACAAGAUAAAGAGAUAUAUUGUCACUUGACCUGUGCCACAGACACUCAGAAUGUCAAAUUUGUAUUUGAUGCAGUCACAGACAUAAUAAUCAAAGAAAAUCUGAAAGACUGUGGGCUUUUCUAACCAUUCAUUUUCUUGCUCAGAGUUUCAGUCCACUUUUUUCUCUUCAUCUGAUGUGCUGACUGAAUAAAAAAAAAUCCUCUAGGUAAGAA